AUGCACGAUCAAGCCUCAGCCAUGACUUACACGAUGGAUGAAAAGGGCAACUGGGUGAAGGCGGAUUUCAGAUCAUCCUGGCUCUCCGGAACCACCCAAUACUCUUUCAACGUCCCAGAACAGCAUGAUGCCUAUGUGCCCCCCACCCCAGCCUAUACUCCACGCCCUUUCCCAGACCCUCCUAAGACUCCAGCCGCUGGAGACUUCCCAGAGGGCGGAUUCCAGGCGUGGUCUGUUGCUGUAGGGACGGCAGCAGCGCUGUUCUGCACCAUGGGCUACCUCAACUCCUUCGGAGUGUACCAGACCUACUACGAGGAGUACCAACUGUCUUCGAUGACGCCUUCGGCCAUCUCCUGGAUUGGAUCGCUGCAGAACUUCUUCGUUUUCUUCAGCAGUCUCUUCGGAGGCGCGCUCUUCGAUCGCUAUGGCGGGCCCGUCAUCGUCGCCCCCGCCGCGGUGGCGUACGUACUGUCCAUCAUGAUGACCAGCCUGUGCACCGAGUACUGGCACUUCAUCCUGGCGCAAGGCGUGCUCGGUGGCAUCUCCAACGGCAUGGUCAUGAGCCCCGCGCUGGCGGCGACAUCGCAGUACUUCUCCAAGAAGCGCGGUGCUGCCAUGGGCCUUGGGAUCGCCGGGGCAUCGCUGGGAGCGGCCGUGUUCCCGGUCGUAAUGGCUAAAAUGCUCCCCAACCACUCCUCGAACAACCUCGGUUUCCCCUGGGCGGUGCGGGUGUGCGGCUUCAUCGCGCUGGGCAUGCUGAUCUGGCCGUGCCUGACCAUCCGCGCGCGCCUCCCUCCCCGCAAGAGCAGCCUGCUCAUCCUCUCGGCCUUCCGCCGCCCCGUCUACCUCGUCACCGUGGCGGCGACCUUCCUCCUCUUCCUCGGCUUCUUCACGCCCCUCUACUACCUCCCCAGCUACGCCCUCACACACACCAACCUCUCCGCCCCGCUCGCCACCUACCUCCUCUCCAUCCUGAACGGCGCCUCCUUCUUCGGCCGCGUCGUGCCCGGCAUCCUGGCCGACAAGCUGGGCCGCUUCAACACGCUGGCCGUCGCGGGCGUCACCUCGGGCAUCCUGACCCUGUGCUGGACGCGCUGCACGACGGGGCCGACCAUCAUCGCCUUCGCCGCCCUCUACGGCUUCUGCUCCGGCGCCAUCGUCUCCGGCUUCACCGUCGCCCUGGCCUUCUGCGCCGACGCCCCCAAGAACAUCGGCACCUACCUGGGCAUGGGCAUGGCCGUCGCCUCGGUCGCCAUGCUCGUCGGCCCCCCCAUCAACGGCGCCUUCCUCGCCCGCUUCGGCGGCUACGACCAGAUGGCUAUUUUCAGCGGCGUCAUGUGCCUUGCUGGGGGCGUCGUUGCCUUUACCGCCAAGCUGGCCCAAGGAAAGGGGUUGCUGUCUGCGUUGUGA